AUGGCGUUCGCGCGGUGGUGGUACGCCAUGCGUGGCGAGAAGAAGACAAAUGAAGCUUCUUCUGAAUCAGGGGAGAAAAAAGCAGAAACAGCAGAGAAGAAAUUGGCAAGUGCUAGUGUCAGUCAGCCCUCCAAAGCACAGACAAGUGGAGCACCUUCUACCCUCACGAAACAAUCUCCCUCUGCUGAUGCAACAAAAUCACAUAUUAUGGAGCCAUCUGAAACAAAGCUCACACCAACAACCAAAGCAGAACCUGGAAAAACUGCACAGUCAACCAAGCCAACAGACUCUCAAGCUAAACAGACAACAGACUCUCAAACUAAACAGCCAACUGAAGGGAAGCAAAAAGAAAUCAGUGAUGGAAAAGAACUAAUUGGACCUUCUGUGACAACAGCUUCUAAAACCAAUAAUGCAGGAAAAGAAACUACAAGUCAAACUGAACAGCCCUCCCAACCAACCUCCAUAGAAAUAGCAAAGGCUAAGUCUGAAAAUAAGUCUGUAUCAGGUGCUACAGCUGUUGCAACUGCACCAGCACCAACUGCACCUGCAAGUGUGGCUACUACAGCUGUUGAGUCGAGCACUGAGCCUGCUAUGGAUGAGUCUGCACUGGACAGCCUAAUAGAUACUCUAGGUGGACCUGAGGAAGAUGCACCUGCUGGUCCAGUUUACACUGGUCCAGAGCUUACGGAAGAUAUUUCUAAAAAAUACUUAGAAGAACUGGGUAAGCGGGAAGGUAGUCUUCCUCCAGACUAUGUUAAAUUGUUGAAGAGCAAAGUGGACAGCAAGGAUGGAGUUCCACCAAAAAAAGAUGAACCUUCUGAGAAACCAAUGACAGAUGAUGAGCUUGCAGAUGCCCUUUCAUCUGAUUUUACCUGUAGCACUGCUUCUACUGAAGAAAAGAAGGAAACAGUGACAGAGAAGCCAAGCAAGGAAGGAGAGAUCGUUCAAGCAGUAGCAGCAAGUUCUGUCAAAAGCUCUGCUCCUCCAAAGGAGAAGAAAACAAAAUCAAAAGAGGAAAUCAAGGAUGAUGCAAUGGAAGCUCUUCUUGAUACUCUUGGUGAACCCGAACCGGAACCUGAAGAAGAUCUCAGCACUAUUGUAGAGGUGUCAGAGGUAAAAGCAAAAGAGAAGAAAGAAGAAAAGCAAGGAGAGCGUGAUGAUACAAUACCCCCAGAACACAGGUUAAAACCAGAGUUGGAUAAAGAUGGAAAACCUAUAUUACCAAAACCUGAAGAAAUACCUAAGGCUUUGAGUGAAUCUGAUCUUGCUGACGAAUUUUCAAAGGACUUUGCCUGCCCUGUGCAGCCUGCAGUACAUGCCAAGCCAUCGAAGGCCAGCACCGUGCCUGAGAAGCCUUCAGCUCCUGUGCCUGCAAAAACUGCUAAGGAUGAAGUGGUUCCUCGCGCCGCAGCUUGCACAGUCCAGGCUUCAGCUCCAUCAAAGGUUUCUUCAGUUGGUCAUGAGGCAGAUGAAGCGUUAGAAGCCUUGUCUAAGAGUCUUGGAAAGAAGGAGCCUGAUCCAGAAGAGAAGAAACCUGCUGUGGAUAAAGUCAAGGAGAAAACCAAACAGGAAGACCGCAAAAAACUGGGUGAAGAUGAAGAAACAAUUCCUCCAGACUAUAGAUCAAGAGAAGCCAAAGAUAAAGAUGGCAAACCACUCUUGCCAAAACCCGAAGAAAAAUCUCAGCCUAUGAGUGAAAAAGAUCUUGUAGAGGGUUUGACAAAAGGAUUUUCCUGUUCUCCAGCCCCUUCUGCACCAUUACCAACACCAACAAAGAAAAACAAGAAGGGUAAAAAAUCUGCAGGUUCCUCUGAAGUUGUCUCUGCUGCUACAGUUUCUUCAGUGCACUCGGCAGCUCCUCCAGCUUCUACCUCUGGAGGAAAAGAGAUGGAUGAAGCCUUAGAUCUGCUGUCUGAUUCCUUGGGACAAAGAGAACCUGAUCCCGAUGAGAACAAACCCAUUGUGGAUAAAGUAAAGGAAAAGGCUAAAUCUGAGCACAGAGACAAACUAGGAGAAAGAGAGGAUACUAUCCCACCAGACGCUCGGAAACUUCUGGAGUCGGGCGAACAAGAUAAACCAGGAAAGCCAGGAAAACCAGCAAAGGAUGGUGGGAAAUCCAAGGAAAAAAAGAAGCCUUCAGAUGACUCUGCAGCCAUUGAUGCUCUAUCGGGUGACUUUGAUACCUGUGCAAAGGCUCCUGCCACACCACAGCACUCAAAGUGUAGAACAAAAGCGGAAAAAACACCAGCGCUAAGCCAAGCGCGAAGGAGGAAAGAAAGCCCAAAGAUCCUAAAAAGGCAAGGGAACAGUCCUCCGGCAGCAAAUCUGAGAAGCAGAAAACAAGCUAAACGUUAACAUUACCGGGAUCUUGGCAAAUGAUAUACCAAGUCUUCUUUCUGCUGCUGAAUAAUUAUUCCUGAAGAACAAAUGCUGAUGCAAAAAGCAUGUGGUUAUUCUGGGUGUUUUUUGUACAGUGAUAUUUGCUGGAGGACUUUCAUGUUUUCUUUUAGAAGUUUUUUUUUUUCCUAGCCAUUCAUUUUAUUGUACUGAUGCAUUUUGAAUUUUUGUAGUUUUCUACAAAAGUAGAAAACUUACUGUUAAAUAGCUUUUUUUUCAGUUCUGAGAGGGAAAGGAUGCUUUAUAUUUGUAAGAGAUAUAUUUCAUAAAUUAAUAGCAAUGCCAAAAGAGAAAAAAAUUGCAAACUUUUGCACAUAAUCUUCACAUAGUGCCUGUAAAUCUCAGACAAGUUUCUACGUAUGCGCUAGCAUUUUUAUGUUACAUUGCAGUGAACGCAUUAGGGAUCGUGGAGCGCAGCGAGCUUUAGCUGUCCUCAGCCCGGCCGGACGCUGCGCUUCCGAGGCAGCGGCUGCUGAGAAACCCUCCAUCAGCUGGGGACAUCUAAACAAUGAGAAACUGGUAACUUAAAUGCUUCCAGAGCAUCUAAUUGAAAAGAUACGUUUUGGAUGGUGCCUUAACCAUGGCUAGAACAACGACCCCGAAACCACUAGGGAAGGAGUCUUGCUUGUUUACUUCAAAUUGCAACUGUGCUGUUAUCUCGUAUUUCCAGGCGUCUCAGGACUUGAUCCAAAUGCAAAUCACCAAGUACCAUAGACCAUUAUUAUCAUGGAAGUGGGGAGAAAACGGAGGUGCAGGAGCCUUAAUGGGAGGUUCAGGAGGAACUCGGAGCAGGUUGCUGCACUGCGGCCUGUGUUCACACCGCACUGGCAGC